UGAUAAAAUAUUAUUACACCAAAAUUUCCCCAAAUUUCACGAUAUCCACCUUAAUUUUCUCAACGUUCUCUAUCUAAGAAAACCCCCAAAUUCAUUAAUAUCUUCAAAUCCUUUGAUCUUUCUAUUAGUCCCCAACUUCCUUAAUCUCCUCAAAUACUUGAUCUCACUGUUUAUAUCCCAAAAGCUCCAAAUAUAUUAAUCUACAAUAUGUAUGAAUAUGAGAUUAGUUAAUUUCAUGUUUCUCCUACUAUAUUUAAAUUUUUCAAUUAAUCUUAUUUUCUCAAAUCCACUCAAAUCUCAGGGCCAACUGCAAAAUCUCCAACGUUUUCAAAUGCUUAUCCUAAUGUUAAACAUCACAUUCUCUGAUAUCCCUCUUGCUCCUAAUCAAUUGAUCUCUGUUUUUCGCCAAAUCACUUCAAAAAUCUUGUUCACUCACCUUACGUUCACCCCCCAAAUCCGCUCAAAUACCUUUAUCCAUCGCAUUCCCUGAUAACACUCUUUCCAUUCGCAUCGUUUUUUGAAAAACAUCAAAUACACUGAUAUCCUUAUUUACUCCAAAUCCAUUGUUCUCUUUUUUCCCUAAAUUCCCCAAAUCUUCCCAAAUCACAUGAUAUCUCUUUCAGUCACAUUCAUCUCUUGUUAUGUCGCUUUUCCUUCCAAUCCUUCAAGACCUUCCUUCAAAAACUAUUAACAUCACCAUUUUCUUCAGAUC